CUCCUCUCUACAGCUACGAACUGUUCACGCUUCCCUCUUUUCUUCGUCUCUCCCGUCGUCACCUGACAUGUCAAGUCUCGGGGCAGACAGUGCCGCCCCCCCCAGAUCGACUUUCAGCUCCACCACUGACACGCCGUCGUCCCCUCUUUCAAUGCACCCUCUCCAAUCCUCCAUCUCCCGUUGCAAGAGCUUAGCGUCUAAGUAGCACCGGACAUCCGCCGUGGCACCCUGCUCGUCGCCAUCAUAUAAAAACAACAUGUGCCCCUCGGCCGUCUAGCCAUUCCACUUCAGCCUCUUGGAUCUCCUCACCUGCAAUCCAACACCGUUCAACAUGGCAGCUGUGACAUCACGACGCGCCACGUUUGGCAUGCCAUCCUUGGCAUCUCUCUUCUCCUUCUUUGCUCUCUUCCUCUUCGCUGCUGUAGCCAUCGCGGGACCUGCUGAGUCUUCCGAGGGCAAGCGUGCCUUUGACGACUGGAAGUCCAAGUUCCAAACCAGAGAUACUCGCGAAAAGUACCUGAUUGGUGUCGGCAAAGCUGACAUCACCGGCCCUGUUGUCGAAAUCAACUUUGCUGGUUACGCCAACCUCGACCAAAAGGGAACUGGCCUGCGCCAGCGCCUCUACAGCCGUGCCUUUAUUGUCGGUGACAAGAACAAGCCCGAAGAUCGCUUCGUCUACAUCGUCAUCGAUGCCCAGUCUGGUGACACUGCCGUCCGCUAUGGCGUCCUCGAUGGUGUUGCCGCCCUCGGCAGCGAAUAUGCCGUUUACAACUCGAACAACAUCGCCUUGACCGGUACCCACAGCCACUCUGGCCCUGGUGCUUGGUUCAACUACCUUCUCCCCCAAAUCACGUCGCUUGGCUACGAUAAGCAGAGCUAUCAGGCCAUUGUUGACGGUGUCGUCCUUUCUAUCAAGCGCGCCCACCAGAACCUCCAGGAGGGUUACCUUGAUGUUGGUACCACCCAGGUCACUGAUGGUGCUAUCAACCGCUCGCUCUGGGCCUACAUGCACAACCCCGAGGAGGAGCGCGCCAAGUACCCUGGCGAGACCGACACCACCAUGUCCCUCCUCCGAUUCCAGCGCGCCUCUGACAACAAAAACAUUGGUGUCUUUACCUGGUUCUCUGUUCACGGUACCUCUAUGCUUGGCAACAACACCCACGCCAGUGGUGACAACAAAGGUGUCGCUGCCUGGAUGUUUGAGGAGCAGAUGAAGGGCGACAGCAAUGCUGCUCCUGGCUUCGUUGCUGGUUUCAGCCAGGCCAGUGUCGGCGAUACCACUCCCAACGUUCUCGGCGCCUACUGCGACGACGGCUCUGGCCAAAUGUGCAGCCUGGAAAACAGCACGUGCGCUGACGGAAAAUCUCAAUCCUGCCACGGCCGUGGUCCUGCGUUCCAGGCUCUCGAUCUCGGUGUCAAGAGCUGCCACGAGAUGGGCCGUCGCCAGUACAUCGGUGCCAAGAGAAUCAUGGAUAACAUGGGAUCCUCUAGCACCGCCGUUGUAGGAUCAUCCGUCAAGGCCUUCCACUUCUUCCACGACAUGCGCUUCUGGAACUUUACUCUUCCUGACGGAACCCCUGCUCAGACCUGCCCUGCUGCUCUUGGCUACUCCUUUGCUGCUGGUACUUCUGAUUGGCCUGGUGCAUUCGACUUCACUCAGGGCGACUCCGGCAAGCCCAACGCCAGCCCCGUCUGGAAGGUUGUGUCUGGCCUCCUCCGCGAGCCUUCUCCCGAGCAGAAGAAAUGCCAAGAGCCCAAGCCUAUCCUUCUCGACGUCGGCGAGAUCAGCCAGCCAUACCCCUGGACCCCCAACAUUGUUGAUAUCCAGGUUCUCCGCGUCGGCCAGCUUCUCAUCAUUGUCAGCCCCAGCGAAGCCACAACCAUGAGCGGUCACCGAUGGAAGGCCGCCGUUGCCAAGGCCGCUGAAUCUUUCCUUGACACCAAGCCAAUUGCUAUCCUGGGUGGCCCUGCCAACUCGUACUCUCACUACUGCGCUACUCCUGAGGAAUACGAUGUCCAGCGCUACGAGGGUGCUUCCACGCUCUUUGGCCGCAACGAGCUCAACGCCUACAUCAACCUCACCGUCAGCAACCUCCACUACUUGCACCCCGAUGCUACAGACAAGCCUUCGCAGGACCUCAAGGCCCCCGACAACCGCGACAAGAUGCUCUCCUUCAUCACUGGAGUUGUUCAGGACAGCGCGCCCAUUGGCAAGUCGUUUGGCCAGACUCUCACACAGCCCAACGCCUCAUACAAGGUUGGUGACGCCGUUACCGCUACCUUCCAGGGUGCCAACCCUCGCAACAACCUGCGCCAGGAAGACACCUUUGUUGCUGUCGAGAAGCAAGACGGCAACAAGUGGACUCGUGUCAAGGAUGAUGCCGACUGGUUCCUUGUUUACACAUGGCGCCGCACCAACUUUGUCCUCGGCUACAGUGAGGUUGAUGUUACUUGGGAGACGUACGGCAAUGCCCAGCCCGGCACCUACCGAUUCAAGUACUAUGGUGACUCGAAGCCGCUGAUUGGCAGUAUCUCCAAAUUUGAGGGCACCAGCAACGCCUUUACGCUUGCCUAAGCCUAUGUGGGCGAUCUACGUGUGCAUAUGAAAUGAUGAGACCAGAUAAAAAAAGAAACAGAACUGCUGCAUAAGUGGCCUGUACAUAGUAAAUACACAUAUCCAGUUUUUGCAUACACACCUUGUUCAAGCAGCUGUCUAGUGCCCCGUUUUGUAGGAAGUUCGUGCUGCUACAAUUUUCUAACCAGAAAAGAGGGACAGCCAAAGGGGCCGAAGGAAUAAAAAAAACUUGCUAGUUGCAACCCACUUGCUUGCAGACAAAUGACAAACAGAUCACAGGAAAGCUGCAUAUAUCCCGGCGGGAGCAAUGGGUAACCCUAAGUCGGAGGCCGUCCGCAAGCUAGCAACUUCUUCAACUCGGAUGGCCGCGGAUAUCGCUGAGGUCCCGCGUGAGGUUGUUUCUAGGAAAAAAAGCUAAUCGACAAAGUAAGCAGCAUGUGAGGGGGGUUUUUACCAAAUCAGGUCAUUUCGGGACUGGCAGCUCCGCUUAUUGAGCCA